CCGGCACAUUUGGCGAAUCGCCGUAAUAAGUCGGCCUUCUUGUUUCGGCCCGAACAGAAGAAGGCUUUGAGCCCGACGCUUCUCGCUCUCUCCACUCCCUCUUCUCUUCGCCGUCGCCGCCGCCCGCCGCCCGCCGCCGCCCGCCGUUGUGCUCCGUCCCCAUCUCAGCCAGCUCCACGACAACACCCAAGCGCCGUCGCCCGCUACCCCCCUUCUCCCUCCUCUCUCUCUCUCUCUCUCUCUCUCUCUGGGGUUCGGCCUGGGAGUUGGUGCAGCUAUUGCCGAAGCUUUGAUGGCUUCCGAAGUUGGGUGGUAUAUUCUCGGCGACAAUCAGCAGAACGUUGGCCCUUAUGCCGCCUCCGAGUUGCUCGAGCAUUUGAGAAGCGGGUAUCUGUCUGAGAAUACACUCGUGUGGGCUGAAGGAAGAGCUGAUUGGCAGCCUCUCUCUUCUGUCCCUGAGCUGAUGCAACCCUUGUCGGAUAAUGGGGGUGAUGCCCAAAACCCAGCCGUAUUAAACAGCGAAGACGAGUUUGAGAAAUGGCAAAGGGAAGUUAGAGAGCCCGACGCCAAGGGUUCGAAGAGUGGAUCUCUUUCUGUCGGCGUCGGUGCUGACUUUGCAGAAGACGACGAUGACCGGCCUUCGACACCACCAGAGGGUGAGGAAGAGUUUGUUGAUGAUGAUGGAACUAGGUACAAGUGGGACCGUGGUCUGCGAGCAUGGGUUCCCCAGGAUAACAUCUCAGCGGAUAGUGACCGCUAUGGGUUAGAAGAAAUGACUUUCCUGCAAGAAGAGGAAGUCUUCCCUACUGGAAAUUUAGAUGAACCUACGAAGGAAGAAGUUCAUGCACCGGCUGAUAUAGCUGAAGCAAGGACCGUCAGUGAUUUGGAGGAAGCAAAACCUAAUGCUAAGAGAAAACUGCCCGAGAAUGAAGAAUUGAAGAAGGAACCAAACAAACCGCCCGAUAGUUGGUUUGAAUUGAAGGUUAACACGCAUGUGUAUGUAACUGGGUUGCCUGAGGAUGUCACUAUGGAGGAAGUGGUGGAGGUUUUUUCCAAGUGUGGAAUCUUAAAGGAGGAUCCUGAAACAAAAAAGCCUCGUGUGAAGAUCUAUGUUGACAAAGAAACUGGAAGAAAAAAGGGAGAUGCACUUGUCACUUAUUUGAAGGAGCCCUCAGUUGCCCUAGCCAUCCAAAUAUUGGAUGGAGCACCUUUUCGCCCUGGUGGCAAGGUACCGAUGUCGGUUAGCCAAGCUAAGUUUGAGCAGAAAGGUGAUAAAUUUAUCUCUAAACAAGUCGACAGCAAGAAAAAAAGGAAACUGAGGAAGGUGGAAGAGAAGAUACUUGGCUGGGGUGGGAGGGAUGAUGCAAAGGUUUUAGUUCCAGUUACUGUUGUUCUUCAAUAUAUGUUCACACCUGCUGAAAUGAGGGCUGAUGAAAAUUUGCGCCUGGAACUGGAGGAAGAUGUUCGAGAGGAAUGUGUGAAACUUGGUCCCGUGGAUUCUGUAAAGGUAUGUGAGAAUCAUCCGCAGGGUGUUGUUUUGGUGAAAUUUAAAGAUAGGAAAGAUGCUGAAAAGUGCAUCGAGUUGAUGAAUGGAAGAUGGUUCGGGGGUAGACAGGUACAUGCCAGCGUGGACGAUGGUUCUGUCAAUCAUGCUCAAGUCCGGGAUUUAGACGAGGAUGCAGCGAGGUUGGAGCUGUUUGGGGCUGAACUGGAAGCUGAGUGAGCUCUGCCGAAUGUGUGCGUACAAGUUUUGCUAUUGCGUACCUUCUGAUGUCGGUUCCCCACCGUCUGGAAUCUCGGGUCGCCGGCGAGAUCUCGACUUGUACAGAAGAGAGUGUCUAGAGGGUGCAAGGAGCUACACCUACAUGUGAUGUUAGGGAUAGCCUUUUUAUUUCGACCGGCCCUCCUGAACUUCUGCAACUUCUGUCUAGAGCGUUCUUUUGCCGGAUUCUCGAGUUCAUCUGGGUUCCAUUCUUUGAUGCUCUCUUUCGAAUCUGGGAAUUCUGCAGAUGAAAGCUGAACUGAUUUUUGGGGUCACUCGUAGACCAGGAUCUCAUGGAAAUAACAUUAGCUGCUUAACCCACCGAAUGCUGUUUAUACUUGUUUUUCAUCAAUUUCAUUACUUUCUGUA